AUUUCCAAUCCAGUACCUCUAGUCUAGCACUGAGAAAUUACUAUUAUUAGUAAUUGACUUGCAUAUUUGACUGCUCCAAUUGAUGACAAAUCGGAAUCAAAUAAAGAUUACAAGUGCAUUAUAGUAGCAGAGUUUGACAGGAGUUUAGGUGGUCACCACUUACCAGCGUUUUGAGAGAGCUUGAGACAGACAUGGAGCAUCUAGUUUCCUUUGCUGUGACGAAGCUGGCUAAUCUCUUAGCACAAGAAGUUGUAUUUCUUAAAGGAGUGGAUGAUGAGCUGAGAUCCCUCCUUCGUUUGCUGGAAUGGAUUCAAGCACAUCUUAAGAGCAUCGAUCAUUGCAACGAAGACGAUCAACGUGAUAAAGUUUGGGUGAACCAGAUACAAGAAAUUGCUCAUGACGCCGAGGACAUCGUCGAUGACUACAUCUUCAAAGUGCAUCAACGGCGUCCUCUUAGUCCUUCCAAACUAACAUUCCUCCAUGACCUUGGCAAUAAGAUUCGCAAGGUCAAAGGGACAGCUCAGGAGAUCUUUGAUAAUCGAUGUAAGUUUGGCAAUAUUGAAAGCAGUGGAGCUAGCACUACUUCAAUCUCAAAUAGUGAAGCAAGACCACCACUGCCACUGGUGAGACGGAGACGAAAUCCAGAUGUAGAGGAGGCGGAUGUUCUCGGCUUUGAUGAACAUUUGCAGGCUUUGGCAAGGAUGCUAAUGGGCGAUGAUGGUAAUCAGAGGCGUGUUGUUGUAUCGAUCACUGGCAUGGGAGGUGUAGGCAAAACCACUCUCACUAAGAAGAUCUUCUCUGAUCCUGGCAUCAGGAGGCACUUUGCAUGUCAAGCAUGGAUCUGGGUUUCACAAGAGUAUCGAGCUGGUGAAGUAUUGAAGACUAUUGCUAAAGAUGCCAUGGCUUUGUCUAAUCAAAGAUUGAAAGACCUGAGCCAUGAGGAGUUACAGUGGGAGGUUUAUAAGCACUUGGAAGAAAUGAAAUACUUGGUCAUCUUAGAUGAUGUAUGGAGCAAAGAAGCUUGGGAUAGUAUCAAAAUCCUGUUACCAGAUAUGAUGAAUGGAAGUCGAGUGUUGAUAACCACUCGCAACCAUGAUGUGGCAUUGCAUGCAGGUAGGCAGAGCCCUCCUCCCUAUGAUCUAAUGUUUUUGGGAGAAGAAGAUAGUUGGGAGUUGUUUUGUAGAAAGGCAAUUCCAACAAAGUGCACCAAGGAUUGCCCGCCAUACUUGGAAUCUAUAGGAAGAGAGAUGGUGGCCAAAUGUUGCGGUUUGCCGCUUGCCAUCGUUGUGUUGGGAGGCCUAAUGUUGACUAAACGUCAAUCAGUGGAGGAAUGGAGGAAGCUGCUAAAAUGUGCCAAUUGGCAACUAAGACAGGGUGAAGAGCAGAUCUCAGAAAUACUAGCUCUCAGCUACCAUCAUCUCCCUUACUACAUCAAGCCAUGCUUUCUCUACUUCAGCAUCUACUCCAAAGGCGCUUUAAUAAGUGCUAAGAGGCUAAUUCGACUAUGGAUUGCGGAGGGUUUUAUCCAACCCAGAGACCAAGAAAUUAUGGAGGAAGUCGCGGAGGAUUACCUCGAGGAGUUGGUGCAUUGUAGUAUGAUUCAAGUGGUGGAGAGACAUCACCACGGAGGCAUCAAGAUUUGUCAAAUCCAUGAGCUCCUUCAUGAUCUCUCAAUCUUCCUGGCCCAAGGUAUGAACUUCAUUCAUAUUCCUAAUAAUAAUGACAAUGAGGAGAAUAUUUCACAUAAACCUCGUCGACUUUCUCUCUGUGAUGACAAGAGUACCUGUUACAUUGCUCGAUUGCAUUCUACUGACUACACUUCACGUUUGCGCACUAUAACUUCUAUAGACAUGGAGAAGAGGGUCUCUGAAAUGGAGAAAUUCUUCCAUAACAUGAAGUUGCUGAGAGUUAUAAAUGUCCAGGGUACAAAAAUCAGGUCAUUGCCGAAUGAUAUAGGAAAGUUAAUUCAUUUAAGGUACUUGGGUUUGCGUUAUACAAAUCUAAGAGGGCUGCCAUCCUCCAUUAGCAAACUCACUAAUCUGCAAACUCUUGACAUCAAGAAUUCUGUCCGUAUGAUUGAGCUACCAAGUCAAGUGUGGAAGAUGCACCGCAACCUAAGACAUUUGGAAGGCACUGGUUUUUCCAUCAAGGGGCUGCCAAGCACUGAGAGCCUACCUAAUCUACAAACUCUUUCGAAUGUUAAAGCUGGUCCAUGGUUGCAGAAUGGUUUACAAAAGAUGACAUGCCUUAGUAAACUCGGCGUUCAUGAUGUCACUGACACUUAUAAGGAGGCAUUGUUAGAUUGUCUUGGUAAACUAGAUAAUCUCAAGAAAUUGGCAUGGAAAGCAGAGAAGGAUAGCACGAUACCUAGCUCAAUACUCUCCACUGGUCAACACAAGAAUAAUCUCCAAGUUCUUUAUUUGCGUGGCCGAUUGGAAGGACUGCCAGAUGGUAUCUGCAUGCCUUUAAGCCUCACCAAGUUGACCUUAGAAUCAUCAAGGCUUCAAGAAGACCCCCUAGUGAUGCUUGGGAAGCUGGAUAACCUUCAGGUACUUAGGUUAAGAUAUGAUGCUUUUGUUGGAGGGGAGAUGGUUUGCUUGGAGAAAGGAUUUCCUGAAUUACAAGUGUUAGAACUAAAUUGCUUGUCUGAAUUGGAGGUGUGGAGGAUAGAGGAUGAAGCCAUGCCCAAGCUUAGAGAACUGGAAAUAGAAGCAUGUAAUUUUCUGAUGAUGCUUCCCCAAGGCCUUCAAAGGGUUACCAGUCUACAAGAGUUGAAAGCAAUUGAUAUGCCGGAUGACUUCUGCCGAAGGUUGAGAAUUAAUGAUGGUGAGGACUGGGAAAAGAUCAAGCACAUACCUUCAGCAAGAGUGUAUGAUAGCAGACAAAGGGAGUUCUGUUGGGUGCAGGUGGUGUAUGAGUAUACCAACUACUGGGAGGAUGAAUCUCUUGAGUCCCUCACAGGAGAUGAUGUUGAGGGUAACCUAACUCAUGACACCAUCGAUUGGGAGGAAUCGAUCGGAGAAUUCGAAACUAUAGGGCUUUGGAUUAUGGAAUAAAAAUAAAACAAUGGGAAAUGAAAAGAAAGGAGAAUGAAAAUAAAAAUAGGGAGAAUAAUAAAGAAGAUGUUUGAUUAGAGGUAACGAGAGUUAGAAAUAGGAAAAAAAUAGGAGAGAUAUAU